CGUCGGUUGUGUUGUGUUCUGCAGUAGACACGUCGGGGUACACCGGUUUCGUUUUUUCUUCUGUUUUUUAGCUCCGUUUUUUCUCUCUCUCUGUCUCUCUUCUAAUAUCGGCUUUUGCGUUCUUCCCGCGUGUCUGAGUUGCCUGCCUUUUUGGCGUGAAGUUUUCCACCAACAUCAUCAGCUCCGGGAGAAGAAGAUUCAACUGAAGAAGGAAAAAAAAAAGAGCGCCCUCAUCCAACCUGCCUGAUUAGUUUGUCUUCGUCACGUUCAAGAAACAAAAGAAAGGAAAAAAAAAGAAGCAACAGAGAGCAGGAGAGAGAACAACAUCGCCCGUCCUCCCCCUUCCAAAGUCCUUACCUCCUUUGAGUGCUGCUACGGUGUGCUUUUUCAGCGUCGUCUGCUACACAGAAGAAAAAUCGUCUGCUUCCCGCGCAGGACGUGUUCUUUGUCGUCUGCUUUUCGCUAACCACGGUCGGUGAUUGGACGCGUGGGCCUGCUUCGUUGACCGAGUGCGGCAGAAGGCCUUUCACCCGGACCACCACCGUCACAACCGCCAACUUACUACGAGCACGUCGCUAAUACAGCGCGAUCGAAAGAGUUUUGAAGAACGUACGCAGCGCAUAGAGGUCCAGCCUCCGUCAAAUCGCUUUCGUUGCACAAGAGAACGCACAAGUUGCGCGCCGCGUGGUCACUUGCCCCAUCCCCACGACAGCCCCAACCGGAGGUGACAACGUAAGAAGCAAAACAAAUCUCAAGCCCCUUGUUUGGCUCGCUCAGAAGACGACACAGGUCGCGAAAAAAAAAAAGCCCCUUCAACCGGGAUUUUUUUCCGCCGUGAGACCAGCCGCUUGGUGUUUCGCGUGGCCGAACUUUCGUUCCUUUUCCUUCAACUGGUGAUCGCCGACUCAGAAGAUAAUCCGCGUCUCAACAACUGUCCCUUACCCUCGGUAUUGGCUACUCCAAACACCUCAUCACCACGACGACUUUCGCUUGGGUUAACUCUUCGGAGAGCGGUCUUUUGAACCAAGCUUCCCAAAUGAAUGGCAUGGACACCGGUCCGUCGGUGCAGUCUUCGCAGCAGAAUGGUACGCUGCAUGGCUCGUCGGCGCAGCAGCAGCAGCAGGGCUCGGCCGAGGACUCCAAGACGAACCUGAUCGUCAACUACCUGCCGCAGACCAUGACGCAGGAGGAGAUCCGCUCCCUCUUCUCCUCCAUCGGAGAGGUCGAGUCCUGCAAGCUCAUCCGCGACAAGGUCACCGAAGAAGGCACCUCACCACCGAUCCGUCAAAGCUUAGGCUAUGGCUUCGUGAACUACGUCCGGCCCGAGGAUGCCGAGAAAGCAAUCAACACGCUGAACGGACUGCGAUUACAGAACAAGACCAUAAAGGUGUCGUAUGCCCGCCCUAGUAGUGAGGCUAUUAAGGGUGCCAACCUGUACGUCAGCGGACUGCCCAAGUCCAUGACUCAGCAGGAUUUGGAAGGGCUCUUCUCUCCCUAUGGCCGCAUCAUCACUUCGCGCAUCCUCUGCGACAACAUCACCGGUCUGUCCAAGGGCGUCGGCUUCGUGCGCUUCGACCAGCGCGUCGAAGCCGAGCGCGCCAUCAAGCACCUGCACAACAGCGUGCCGGCCGACGGCGGCGCCACCGAGCCCAUCACCGUCAAGUUCGCCAACAACCCGAGCAACAACGCCAAGGCCAUCGCGCCGCUCGCCGCCUACCUGUCGCCCCAGCGCCGCUUCCCGGGGCCCAUUCACCACCCGGCUAACCGCUUCAGCCGGUACUCUCCGCUGGCGGGUGACCUGCUGGCCAACCCGCUGCUGGCCGGCUCGGCCAUGAACGGCUCCGGCUGGUGCAUCUUCGUGUACAAUCUGGCGCCGGACACGGAGGAGAACCUGCUGUGGCAGCUGUUCGGCCCGUUCGGGGCCGUGCAGAGCGUCAAGGUCAUCCGAGACCUGCAGACCAACAAGUGCAAGGGCUUCGGUUUCGUCACCAUGACCAACUACGACGAGGCGCUGGUCGCCAUACAGAGCCUCAACGGAUACACGCUCGGCAACCGCGUCCUCCAGGUCUCCUUCAAGACCAACAAGUGCAAGUCUUAAGAAGCGGCUGGCCGCAUCCCCCGCACACACCCACACUACACUACACCACACAACACGCUGCACCGUCCGAUACAAGCGCCCGUAAAAGACGAAAUAAUUGGCGUUCGCUAGGACCCCUUUAAUGUAAACAUGGCGGCAUUGUACCGGACGGUGUGCACGAUAUACACUCUUUCUUUCCCUCUUUUUCUUUUUAAAGAACCUUCUACCCCGUAACCAAAAAUGGUGACUAGAGUAAUUCUCUCGCUUUUUUUAUUGAAACAGGAACCGGAAAUGAGACAGGCAGAAAGAGCAACUACACAAAUACGCGAGUACAUACACCCGCGGAACAAGAGACACAUUUCACUCAUGGAGAUGCUGGCACAGACCGAUAUGGAGACCGCGGAGAACUCUUGCCCCUAGCCCUUCACACCGAACGACUCUUUUUGACAAGAACGCGCAGAUGACCUUUGACGCUGAAAGAUGGGAAGCGAAGGAAACGAGAAACAUAAAAGAAGCAUCCCGGGGCACUGGAGCUUAAAGAGCCGAACGCUGAGGGCCCUGCGAACGCGAUACGCUAUGGAUGUUUGUCGAUAGGAGUUAAAAAAAGGCGACGUAUUAUUAUUUUAGAACAAGCUAACUUGCCCACGCAUCUGCGAACCUAGUUUUAUUGCAAAACAAAGAAACAAAGACCACGUGUUUAAAAAUGUCAGAGUGGGAACCAGUUUCUUCAGAUUGUACAAAUUAUUUCACGCGCUCUUGAUUGGCGUCCUUGAGCUACCGCAAGAUACGUAAAAUUUACGCGUACUUCACGAUCAAGCAUUGUAUACCACUACGAAACUGCCGUCUGUGUUGUCGAACAUCUCUUCAGUAACUGACAAAGAGCUGGAAAUCUCACAGGAGACAACUCUCAUGAAAAAGCGUGAAGUUGCGUGUUUUGUACACAAACGCGGCAUGCCUCUCAAAACUCCACGUUUUGCGAAGGUUUUCUGGAGUGCAUCGCUGAGCAGGAAUUUUGGGUAUGUCGGAAUGGGGUUGCACUUUGGAUUCCUUCGCCAGAAAAAAAAAACUGAGAAAAAAAAACUAAAAACGCCGUACCACUCGUUCAUUUAAAAGUGUUCCAUAACGUGGGCUUGAAUGAAUAUCGACUUAAACCUCGCAAGAAGAGCUUACGUGCCUUCUAUGAGAGCUUUGGAACUAGUUUUUGAAAUUGCGAAAGCAAAACAAGAGCAAAAAGAAGGCGUAGUAGGACGCGAAAACGUAGGUGCCCGAGGCUCGUGCUUCACACGCACACACCAAACAUACACGCACCAACCACCCUCAAACACACACAAAAAACCAAAAACAAAAACGACUCGUUUGAUUAACCAGCCUAUGAUGAUAUACUUACGGUACCGUUGUGUUGUCGAAAGCAGCCCAAGUCGUGAUGACGACGUAGCAGAGACGGAAAAGAGAGAUAUACAGAACCGUGACACCUUCAUUUAUCGCCUGCGAAGAGCUUCUGACACGCGGGAAUGAUCUCUCACUCGUUGCCUUGGCAUGCCGGAAACGACUCGAGUAUCGAUGAUUGCCAUUUCGUACGUUCAAACUUAACGCGAGGUCAGGUACGAAUUCAGAUGAGCUAAGGGGCAUUAUUUGGUUUUCUCGGGGUAUACAUCGACUAGAACUGUUUAAUACUCUUGACAACCUAAAAACAAAAACGCAAUUUUUAGUUCGGUGACUCAGCUAUGGAAAUAGCGCGUACCAGGCGCAGUUUGGUGAAACUAUUCGAAUAACUUGGGGCUCUUGCGACAAAAAGUGCUAACUUCAAUGACUUCAGAAUGAGUCGAAAGAGGUCACACUUUGUAUGUUUUAAUUUAAAAGCUUGUCGUGAUUUGUGGCUGCGCACCGGAAAAAAAACCACAAAUGUCUGAGUCCAGGAACAGCGAUACAAACAGAAAAAAAGAUCGCUGAUAAACUUACUGGGUUUGCUUAAAUCGGCUAAAUCGCGACACUGCUAAUGAGUAGAAGAAGCACAGGCUAGUCAGUUCACCGUGCGUUGUAUGUAAUGGACUUAUUUAUCUAUUUAUGAAACUAUUUAUAAAAUUAGUGUCUAUCUAUAUAUUUACCUAUUUAUUUAUUUAUUGAGGCGCUUGGCUCUGCCUGUGUAGAUCCUGAGCUCCAGUCGUCUGGUGAGCGCGGAGUGGUGUCGUCUGCAAAGCAGAUCGUAGCACCGUCCGCUACGGAACUCAUAGCUCGCUCGCUAGUACUCCUGCGGCCAAGGUACUUAACGGAUCACGUCACAUGUCGUGUGACCCCCGGGCUUAAGAAUUUACACGUGGAGCUUUUAUUUAAACGGCGAGAUCAUGACGAACAUCCAGAUCACGCUAGCAUCGAUAAACCUCGAUUGUUUCCAUCAAGAAUGACCACUCAAAAGGGUCAAUUAUAGAUUGAAGUGAAUUUUUGAAGCCACAGGUUAGCGAAAGCUGAGAGCGUGGUUGUUAAACUUUACUCGGGAAGUCCUUAAAAUGAUCCAGUUUCUAUUAGCCGUAAACCUAAGUCAUUUACUUUGUAUGUUGAAGAAUAGUUCACUUCUUUCAUUUUCAGCACUUGGCCCUUUGUACUUAAACCUUCCAUAUUUCAUUUUGCUCCCUCUGUGAGCUCUCGACGUAACGUAUUCGUUCUGUGUAAAGCGCUUCAACUCAGUUUGAGGUUAGGACAUUUAAAGGUUGCCCGUGAAAGUGUUGUUAAAUAUGUAGUACGUAACGUUUGACAUUGUGCUGUGUUGUACACAUUGUAGAGUGUAUGCAUGACUGUAGCUCGAAAGAGGAACGAAAGGGGUGUGUCACCCUUGCGUCACGCUGUUUUCUCGUUGUAGCACUGUGCACUGUAAAUUGUCGUACACUUCUUUGCUAUCGCACCAAACUUAUCUUCAUACACGAAUCAGCCCGGUUAUCUGUAGGCUUAGCAUGUAUCGAUCGUCCGACGUGCUUUGCAGUGUGCAAGCCGUUUCGUGUGCGCUAUUUCACUGUCUUCCGUCGCGUUGCUUUUCGAAAGCAGCGCAAGAACUUGUGUUCAUCGCGAGGAGCUCCCAGGUAAACAAUAAAUUGUCACUUAAGCGAGUUGUCAUUUUUCCAGACAUAACACGCACGCCAAGUCGGUUAUAAUAAAAUAUUGACGAUAGCAAUUCAGUUAAACACAACGUCAAAAAAAUUCUUCGAUUUCAUUUCUAUCUUUCGCGAUGAGGUGUUCGUACCCACACACAUCAAUUUGUUGUUAGACGUGAGGCUCCUGGCGAUGUGCACGACUUCGUGCGGUUUGUGAGAGUCGUCAGCGCCUGGGGAAUAAAAAAAGUCAGAUGCCGUGUCUGCUGUACAAUCCAAAACUUUGAGGUUAGCGUGCAGAUUACGCAAUGUCAAAUCGUUGAGAUAGCCCUGAAAUGCGCUGUGCCGCUUGACAUUUUCAAGCGUAAAGUGGGGUUCCACAUUCAUUGACAGCAGGUAAUUGUGUAAAAAAAGAUAAUAGACCAUAAUAUUUUUCAUUAGCUUAGGGAGUCAAUUUUCCUUCGUUGGUACAGGGGUAUUUUUCUAAAUGAAAAAAUAAAGAGCAGCGUUACGCUGUUGUCAUCAACAAGGGUCGAUUCUAAUUGUUUCUGAUGAUUUCACUGAACAAUGAUUUGACGAAACAGGCGCUGUCUACUCACACAAGCCGCUACAUGGUUACACUCAUACUGUCUUCAUUCUCGAAAAAAGGGCCGCAGGCAGCCGUCGCCGCCGCCAUAUUGAGUGAAACUCUAGUCCUUUCGCUGACUUACAAAGAAUCGUAACAGGAAAAAAAAAAAAGAAGUCACGCAUCCAUUGAUUUGUCUCGUCCAUGAGUGGCCCGCGUCAAGGCGUAUACACUGCUGAUCUCAGGUCUUCGUCACUCGCGUGUGUUGGAAUCUGUGUACAGUAUACUAUACGGUCGUCGUAGCAUUGUACACGUCUGUAGGUAUCCUUGUGCAAAAGCACUCGUCUUGUAUGUCUACUAGCACAGCUCCGGGCAAUUACCGACACGCUGUCUGUAAAGGCCAUUGUUUGUAUAUUCGUCCCGCACACACCCAACUGACUACCCCGAGCAGGGCGAGCCCGCUCGUCGACACCAGUUGACGUUAACAGCGCCGCAAAUGAAUGCAGUCUCCAGCGUCUUAUGCUUCGUCUGUGUACGUGCGGCGUUGCUUCUCGUUGUAGCUGCACACCGAUUUAAUGCGUUGACAACCCUGUAUGCACUGACACUGCUCGUGAUUAUUUUUUUUCCUUUUUCUCGAGUUAAACUCUGAUUGAGGGAUAGGUUCGACAUUAAGGUUUUUUUUUCAUCUUCUUUUUUUUUCUUUUGUGACACUGUUGCGCGACACUUGAUGUUGCAGCGCGCGAACAAGCGGAAAUGUUUGCACGUGUGAAUAUUACUUUCCAGUUCAGCACCCUCGGUUUUGUGCUUGCCACCCUGUGAUGCUUACGUGACGGUUGUGGUGAAGUUCGUGUUUGUACUUUGCUGCCACACUGUUUGUAUUUAACUUCGCUGGUUUUAAAGUGUACCGCGUGUCAUGUACCACGUGUUAUGUGCUAUCAACAUUUUGUCGCGCAUAGUUUUUGACGAUGUGACCCGGUGUGAUAACAUCUCUAAAUAUUGUCAGUAUGUUCUUUAUUUACACAGUGACGUCAAUGCAUGCCUGUGCGCGCGUAUUCUGUGUUGCUUUGGAGUGUCUGUAAUAUUGCUUUCCUUAGGGGUGUGGGGAAGGAGGGUAACUUAAAAAGAGAAAUCUGUCCUCUCGGCUGAGCCCAUCCCAGUCUUGAACCUAUGCAGCGCGAGAGUGAGUGAAAAAAAGAGGGGGUUGAGAGGGUGUUUAUUCGUG